GGGCGCGCGGAGCGAAGGGCGGCGGCGGCGGCGGCAGCUCGCGCUCGGCCCGGGCUCCUGAUCACGCCCGGCCCCUGGUUCCCGGCCCGCGGCGGCGCGCCCCUGCAUCCCCCGCGCCCGACCCCGGCCCCGCGGAGGAGCGGCCAUGCCGCCGCGGCGCAGCAUCGUGGAGGUGAAGGUGCUGGACGUGCAGAAGCGGCGGGUGCCCAACAAGCAUUAUGUCUACAUCAUCCGGGUCACCUGGUCCAGUGGCUCCACGGAGGCCAUUUACCGGCGCUACAGCAAGUUCUUCGAUCUCCAGAUGCAGAUGUUGGACAAAUUUCCCAUGGAGGGAGGACAGAAGGACCCCAAACAGCGGAUCAUCCCCUUUCUCCCCGGCAAAAUUCUCUUCCGACGAAGCCACAUUCGGGAUGUGGCCGUCAAACGCCUGAUACCAAUAGACGAAUACUGUAAGGCCCUGAUCCAGCUGCCCCCGUAUAUCUCCCAGUGUGACGAGGUGCUGCAGUUCUUUGAAACAAGACCGGAGGACCUGAACCCCCCCAGAGAGGAACAUGUUGGGAAAAAGAAAUCUGGGGGUGACCUGACCUCAGUGGACCCCAUGGUCUUGGAGCAGUAUGUGGUGGUGGCAGACUACCAGAAGCAGGAGAGCUCGGAGAUCAGCCUCAGCGUGGGGCAAGUGGUGGACAUCAUCGAGAAGAAUGAGUCAGGCUGGUGGUUCGUCAGCACUGCCGAAGAGCAAGGCUGGGUCCCCGCAACCUGCCUGGAAGGCCAGGACGGAGUGCAAGACGAGUUCUCCCUGCAGCCUGAAGAAGAAGAGAAGUACACAGUCAUCUACCCCUACACAGCGCGUGACCAAGAUGAAAUGAACCUGGAGAGAGGAGCCGUGGUGGAGGUCAUCCAGAAGAACCUGGAAGGCUGGUGGAAGAUCAGGUACCAGGGCAAAGAGGGCUGGGCCCCAGCCUCCUACCUGAGGAAGAGCAGCGGGGAACCCUUACCCCCGAAGCUGGGCCCUGGCUCACCUGCCCACGUGGGCGUCCUGGAGCUCGAUGGCGUCUCCCGGCAGCAGAACUCAGGGGGCCGGGAGAAGGAGCUGCUCAACAACCAGAGGGAUGGCCGGUUUGAGGGCCGCCCCGCGCCUGACGGUGACAUCAAGCAGAGAUCACCCAAGAUGAGGCAGAGGCCCCCUCCUCGCCGGGAUAUGACCAUACCUCGAGGUCUCAAUCUGCCCAAGCCUCCCAUCCCACCCCAAGUGGAGGAAGAGUAUUACACCAUUGCCGAAUUCCAGACAACCAUCCCUGAUGGCAUCAGCUUCCAGGCAGGCCUGAAGGUUGAGGUGAUUGAGAAGAACUUAAGUGGCUGGUGGUACAUUCAGAUCGAAGAUAAGGAGGGCUGGGCCCCAGCAACCUUCAUUGACAAGUAUAAGAAGACUAGCAAUGCCUCGAGACCCAACUUUCUGGCUCCCUUGCCCAACGAGGUGGCACAGCUCCGGCUGGGGGAUGCGGCAGCAAUGGAGAACAGCUCAGGCAGUGAAGCCAGCGGCCCCUCCCGGCCCCUGCCCGACGCCCCGCACGGCACGGGCGACUCGGGGACGCCGUGGGCCAAAGACUGGAAGGGUGGUAAGGAGGUGCUGAGGAAGGCGUCUUCAGACACGUCUUCAUGUGCAGGCUAUGAGGAGAUCUCAGACCCCGACCUAGAGGAGAAACCCAGCCUCCCUCCCCGAAAAGAAUCCAUCAUCAAGUCGGAAGGGGAACUACAGGAGCGGCAGAGGAUGGAGCAGUUCAGGGGUUCUUCACCCAAGCCACCUGGCAUGAUCUUGCCAAUGAUCCCAGCCAAACACGCCCCGCCGGCCCGGGACAGCAGGAAACCAGAGCCCAAACCUGACAAAAGCAAGUUGUUCCAGCUGAAAAAUGAGAUGGGGCUGGAGUGUGGCCACAAAGUGUUGGCCAAGGAAGUGAAGAAGCCCAACCUGCGACCUAUCUCCAGAUCCAAAGCUGACCCGCCAGAGGAGAAGCCAGAAGCCGUUCCCCAGAACCUUUUCUUGAAGUCUAAACCUCAGGUUAGACCAAAACCAGCUCCUUCCCCCAGGACAGAGCCACCUCAGGGCGAAGACCAAGUGGACAUCUGUAACCUCCGGAGCAAGCUCAGGCCUGCCAAGUCCCAGGAGAAGGCCUCCGUAGACGGAGAGAGCAGCCACCAGGCGGGAGGAGGCCAGGAUGGGGCCUUCGGUCGUGGCUUCCCUCCAGGGGAGGGGCCUGGCCGUCCCCAGGACAGGACGAGCAAGCAGGAGGGGCCCAGCCCAAAGGAGGCGCCCUGCAGAGCCCCUCCGAGGCCAGCCAAGACCACGGAUCCUGUGCCCAAAAGCGCACCGGUCCCUCUCCAAGAGGCUUCCCUCCAGAGACCUGUGGUUCCGCCUCGGAGACCGCCACCCCCCAAGAAAACCUCCUCAUCAUCUAGGCCCCUUCCAGAAGUCAGAGGGCCCCUUCCAGAGGUCAGAGGUCCACUUCCAGACGUCAGAGGGCCCCUUCCAGAGGUCAGAGGGCCCCUUCCAGAGGUCAGAGGGCCGCAGCGGGAGAGCAGUGAAAGCAAGGCAGCUUCUGCCCCAGGCCGGGCCCUGCUUGUCCCUCCGAAAGCCAAACCUUUUCUCUCCAACUCCUCAGGGGGCCAGGAUGACAUGCGAGGCAAAGGUGGGCCAGGGCCGCGGAUGAUGGGCAAGUCGGGAGAAAACAAGGAGAAAGUGGCUGCAGGCCCCUUCCCCAACACCGACGGCCCAAAGGACUUGUACGUGGCCGUGGCCAACUUUGAAGGCGACCAAGAUACCAGCAGCUUCCAGGAGGGGACAGUGUUCGAGGUCCGGGAAAAGAACAGCAGCGGCUGGUGGUUCUGCCAGGUCCAGAGCGGGGCCCCAUCCUGGGAAGGGUGGAUUCCUUCCAACUAUCUCAGAAAGAAGCCCUAGCCGCCUCCUCUCAUGCCUGGAGGUCUUGCGCGUCCCUGCUGGCUUUACCCACAUAUUUAAUAUGCCUCUUAAUUUAUCAUCCUCCACGCAGCGUCAAAGGAAGGAAGACUGGAAUACUGUGGUUUCUUUCCUGGGUGGAGAGUGAUCCCUCCCAUCACAGCAUCCCCUGGAGGCUCCGAGGCCACACCCCUUUCUCUCAACAUCCCUGCCUUAAGGCCAGUGGCAUUGCCGCCCAGCAGCUCCCUGCCCACCCAGCAGUGGGACCCUGACUCUCUGAGGCUUCUGGGACCAGAACCCAUCAUCUGGAGAAACUGCAGAAAGGGUUUCUCGUUGCUCGGAUCAGAGUCCUGAGAACGUCCCCAGCUCCCUACCCAGUUCAUUCAUGUCCAGCGACUUGAUUCACUCGCCUCCCAAAUGCCUGGUCCCAGAAAGAACUUUCUCGUGUAGAAGUCGGCUCCACUGCUGGUCCCAGGGAGGUGUCCUCUUCUCCAAGGCCUCAGGUCCCCGGGCCUCUCAGGUUCAAGCAGCUGCAGCCACCCCAGGCAUGGGGCCUGGAGGCCCGCCCAGCCGUCCUCCCUUCUGUGCUGGGACCCUGAUCAGUUCUAGCGGAGUGCUACCAGCUCCAAGCAUGCUUCACUUUCCUGCUUCAGACUCUGGUCCAACCCAAGGCAUUUAAACAAGAGUCCCCAGUCUGCUUUUGGGGGGGCCUUUCACUUCUGCCUCCCUAGUACAAAAAUCUCAAAGUUUGUUUGAGAAGGGGGACCCUUCACAGGCCACGCGCCUUGGGAACUCCUCUUUGCUGAGUAGCUAAUUGGUGCCAAACGCUGUCCGUGGCGCUUUCCCUUCAUGUGGAGCCCUCAAAAUAGCCCUCUCUGACCCAGUGUACCUGUUUUAUAGAUGAGGAAACUGGGGUUCAGUGUGCCCCAGGGCACGCUAGCUGGGAAGAGGAGGGAAGGGGGUGUGAGUCUAGGCUGGCCUGACUUCCAUGCCUGUUCCCUGUGACAGCCAACCAGAAGGUGGAGAGGGAGAUGCCGGCGGGCUGCCCGGGUGUGCAUCAGGGGGCGACGUGGCUGCUCCCACUCCCACCACCCCUCCAACCCCUUGUGGCAUCUGCUGAAGGCUGCCCUGCACCCCCACACCACCCAGGGGCUGCCCAGCACCCUGGUGGUGCCACAGAGUCCUGCUCCCUGCUUUUGUGCUGGUGCCCCCCAGGGGAUAGAGCAUAUGAAGCAAGGGGAGCCAAGGUGGUCUCACAUGCCAGUCCCAAGGGGCCCCCGUGGCUCAAGGGCCAGCGGCUAGAUCUCCAACAGACAGCAGAGUUAAGCAGUAGCCCCACAGGGGGUCCAGGGGCCAGGCAGAACCUCUGUCUCUCCUGCUGCUUCCUGCUGCUCUCUGGUCCUUGAAGAGUAGUUUUCUUUCUUUUCUUUUCUUUCCAUGCACUCUCCCUCUCUGUGGUCUCGUGGGAAAGAACCCAGGGCAGCCCUUGCACCCAUUUGACUGAUGUGGCUCACUGAGGCACACAGAGACACAGCUCCAGAAGGAACAAGAAUCAGGACCCAGGGUUUCUGGCUCCUAGCCCGCAGUCUGUGGCCCAGGUUGCCUGGGCUGGGGUGGGGCUGGAGAACCACAUGAGAGGGCAGCACCCGCCCUGUGCCCCCCACUCUGCAGGACAAGUAGUAGCCCCGUCCUGCCCCAGAGACUGCCUCAGAGUCGUCAUCUGCUGCGUGUUCUUGUGGCUUCCGGGGGGCUGCUCGCAGUGCCGAGGACUGAUGUGCAAACAGUCCUCUUCCGCCCUCCCCCGACUCCCGCCCCCCCGGCACCCCCCUCACUGCCACGUGGGCUGUGGAUGCUGCUGCAGGAGAAGGAGCCUCCCCUGGUCCACAGGAGCAUCUUUACUCCUUCCUUCAGCAGGUCUGUACAUCCCCCACCCCAGAGUCUGGGACAGGGCUCCAAGCUUCCCUUGCAGCACCCCCUUGGCCCUUGGCCCUGUGCCCAGAACUGUAGGGGGUCAGUAGCAGCCAGGGACAGGAGGCAGAAUGGGAGAGGGCCCCCCCCCCCCCUCCAAGGUCCCUUCAUUUGGGAGGAGGCCCCGUAGCAUGUUUCCCUGAGUUUUUGACCCACGUUGGUUUAAACACCAUUUGUGAAGCUGUUAUGUGGGAUUUGACUACCUUUCAAAAGACAGAACUCUCAAUUUUUUUUCUCCAAUUCUUUCUCUGCCUUCAUGAAAGUUUUCUACUAUUUUGUGAGCGCCUACUAUGUGCCAGGCGCUGAGUAUAGACCAGGCCAUGGGUGGCUCCAUGUCUGGCUGUGAAGAGCUUGGGCUCCUGGGUGCAGAUUCCACUGCAGGGGUUUGUCUUUGACCUUGUCUCCUCCUCCCAGGGGUCAGCUAGGUGGGAAGGACAGCUUCUCCCCUUCCCAGGGCAGAAAGUUUUCCCUGCACUUGAAAGAAUUUACCUUUUAUUAUUAUUCUGACAUGAACUGAAGGUACUAAAGCCACGCUUCUCUCUGUUCACCGUUCUUUCUUGAGGAUGCCUCUGCAGCCUGAGUCUCGUGUCUCCGCUCUUCCUGUCAUGGUGAUGGCCCUUUCCCAGGCAGCCGCAGGGGAUGCUCCCGGUGGCCAGGAGCUGUCCCUCACUGUCCUCACCUGGGGAUUCAGGUUUACACCAUCCGGGACUGUAGCCACCACUCUGUGAGCCUUUGAUGGAACAAAUGCAAACUUCCUGGACCUGGGGUCACCACCGUGGCACCUGUCAUAGGGAUGGCGUGGGGUCAUGGGAGUAUCUGCCGUGCCGAGCACCGGGCGGGUUACCGGUGCCUCAACACUCCCUCCUUUAACUUCCUCCUCACUUCAACCCUGUGAGGUGCAUAGGAUCAGCCCCAAUCUGCAAUGAGAACAUUGGGGUUCAGAGGAUGAAGUCAUGUGCCCAGCGUCAUCCAAACAGUGACCAAGCCGAGACUUGAAUCCGGGAGUGUUUCUCCCCGGAGCCCGUGACCUUUCCUCUGCCAUCAGCAGUGAAACGACGGUGCUUUCAGGGAAGCAGUGACCCUCCUUCUUAAUUUAGAUUUUUCCUCCCCGGCCCCACAGUCACACAUGUCAGUAGGUCACAGGCCAAAUGCCAGUCCAAAAAAGGCAGGCAUCCUUGGGGUGGCUCUUUUAUCUUAUGUCCUAGGGCAAAACUACAGCUCGUGGUAGAGCCAGAUCUUUGGGAAAAACAGAGUUUUAGGACCACUGCUUGAUAAAAUAAGCCUUUGCCCAAGUUUUUUACUCUGGAUUUAUUUGCCAUUUGAUGGAUUUAUGUCCUGGUCUCAGGGUGAGACUUGGGGAGAGCUGGGCUGCAGCUCAAAGCGCUUUUAAUGCCUUGCGCUACCAGAGCCUCGCUGGAGCCCUGCCAGGCUUCCAGUAGGUGUGUUAGGCGUCCUCCACAAAGCCUCUCCCUGUGAUUGGUUUAUUAGGCCAAAUUCUUGGCCUUAAAACAUUUCUGGGCCCACUGGGGAUUUCCUCAUCAAGUAGAAUGUAGGAAAACAAACUCGCCACAUUAAAGGACCAAUGCCAAAUCUCCCCCAAAGUUUGGAAGGCCCUGUGCUUAGGCUGAGAUGGGACAUUCUAGUAUUUACUCGGUUUGUUCCGAGUGGGAUGGAGAAGAAAUGGCUCCUGCCCUCAAAUAGCUGCCAAGUCAGCACCGUCAAGGGCAGGAGCGUGCGUGCCUCGGCUCAGCUCCCAUUCUCUGUUCCCGAGUCUCAGGCUGCUCUCUGGGAGGUCUUGCCCUUCACUUUGGGCUGUGACAUUGGACACAAAACAGCCUGAGUCACGUGUGGCAGUCUUGUCCCCUCCUCGAUUGUCCAGGCCCAUCCUUCAGGGCUUCUGCUGCAAACAGCCAUAUAUACCAUAGACCAAAGAUGACCUGUCGUCAGACUGUGGGGCCUGAAAGAGGAGGAGACUGGCUGGCACUGAGGCCUGAGGGUGCAGAGAGCCCUCCCUUGGCCUGGAGGAAGUGCUCCUGCCUUGGCUAAGGGUCUCACAUCCGAUGCGCCUCAGCCCGUGAAGAUCAUGGAGCUGUGGAGUUGCAGGGUUAAAUCCAGUGGGCUCCAGGGUGGUCCAACCCCAGAUUGUACCAUCCAUCCCUGUGGGGGCCAUGUCUGCUUUCUGCUGCCACCUUGCCAAGUUCUCAAGCCACCCACUGUGUGUCAGCAUCCUACCUUCUCUCCCGUUUUUAUCUAUCCUCCAAAGUCAGCCUUUUUGGCUCCAGUCAGGGACAAGGGACUCAACCUCUGUCUUUGAAGAGACCAAACCCAGUGCCACAGCCAGCAUCCUUCGCUUUCGGGUCUUCUACAAACAUACGGAAGGAGGUGCCCCCGCCAGGCUUAUUACAGCAAUAAGCAAUUCUAACACAACUAAAGGUGUCCAUAUUUUAUCCCAGAGUGUGCCUGUCUACGCCACUGUGCCCAAGAAAUUGUUAGUAGCCACACCCCCUUCAUUCUCAGGGGGUGAUGACACAAUGGUCACCUUGGCUACAGCCCACAUUUCCUGCUUCAGGAAGCCACUGAGUAACUAGGCCGUUUCUGGCAUGCCUUCAGGAGCAGUGGGCACUGACAACAUUGCCCACCUGGUGUCUGCUCCCAGGAUGACGCUGGAGGUCUCUGGGUAUCUCAGCACUCCUCAUACCCGUGGCAACACAAAAAUAUACGUGAGCAUAUAUAAUGUGAGGGGGAGGGGUGAGGAACAAUGAAUUAGCUGUAGCAUGUAUAAACUAUAUACUUUACCAUUAGACUUUUUCCUUUCUUUCUUUCUUUUUUUUUUUAAUAAAAAAGAGUGCUUGACUGGUUUCAAGCUUCAUUGUGAA